AAAACGACAGAUAAUACAAAAAAAUAGUAGUGUAAGCACAUGUCAUGUGCUUGCUUUUACACACACCAUGCAAAUAAAGAUCCUUUAAUUCUUCCGCAAACUUCACUUACACUAACAAAGCAUCAAGUUUCCAAAAAUAGAUGCUCCCAGCUUGUCUCUUCUUUCGUAUCUGAAGAAGCUUCGUGGUCUUCGGACAUAUCCAAGAGAGGGAGUUUUGCUAGCUCACGUCAAACACCUUACAACACAUUUAAUGACGAUGUCUGAAAGAUCACAAGACGAUACAGACGGAGUCAGAUCCUCAAAGGUAAUCGUAAAGAAGAGCUCCCAGGUCAAUGCAUCGUCGAGAAUCUAUUACUACGGCGGAGCUUCCGUGCCGUUUCUGUGGGAGACACGGCCAGGCACACCAAAACACCCUCUCUUCUCUGAAUCAUUUCGUCUUCCGCCACUAACGCCGCCUCCAUCAUAUUACUCCUCCUCCUACGGGAGCAAAUUGAGCAAAGUUAGACCGAAACAAACUCGUUUCGUGAAGGCUUUUUUCAAGCAUCACGUGUCUCGUCCUUCGUUUUCUUGGUCGUCUUCGUCCUCUUCUUCUUCUUCCUCUUCCUCCUCUCCUCGGUCUAGAAUUGUGCAUCGUGCUAAAACAUGUUACCUUUCUUGCUCGAGAUCGUAUGUUAAGGACGACGACGAGGAAGAGAUUGGUUCGUCGUCGCCAACAUCAACGCUGUGUUAUAAAAGAGGGUUUAAUUCAUCAAUGGGGAGUAUGAAGAGAGCUUUGUCUUCUGUUCUUAGCUAUCGAUCUAGUCGUAAUGAUCUUAGAUUGAUUUAAUGUCGUCAUGUUAUCUUAUUUCGGUUGUUGUUAUAGAAAAUAGGAUCUUGAUUUUGAAGAUCCAUUUUUAAAAAUGUUUUGGCUUUUGCCUCUAUAAACA